AUGAAGAGGAACAUAUCUUAUUGUUUCUUUGGUCUCUUCAAAACUUGGCUGACGGUUUUCUUGGCUGUCACAAUUUGUUGUGCCGAAGCUGCUGCUACAGAGUUCCAAGUGGGUGAUGAUUUGGGAUGGCAAGAACCUGACUUAAACAACAGCGCUCUGUAUACUCAGUGGGCUUCCAGGAACAGAUUUCAUGUCGGAGAUUCUCUCUCUUUCACGUACAAGAAUGAUUCAGUUCUUGAGGUUGACAAAUGGGAUUAUUACCACUGCAACACAAGCAAUCCCAUAAUCGCGUUUGAUAACGGGAAGAGCAUUAUGAAACUUGAUAGGCCUGGCCCCUUCUAUUUUAUCAGUGGAGCUCCUGAUCACUGCAAGAAUGGCCAGCGGAUUUUUAUCGAAGUGAUGGAUCCACGCCCGAUCUCACAGCCUCCUCCACCCGGUGCAGUCCCACCUGAACCGUAUUUGUCUGACUCUCCUGCACCCUCACCAAGCUUAGGAGUUGCCAUUGCAGUUGCACCUUGUGCACUUUUUAUGGCUCUUAUUGUGACAUUUUUAGCUUCAGUAUGUUCCUCAUCAUAA